UGCUGUCAGCUGACUGCUGCUGUCACCUUUCAGUUGCAUUGAUGUGGCAGCUGGUGAAGUGCUGGUACUGCAGCACAGGACAUAUACUUCGGUAUAUGCUUUGAAUCUCACAGCAGGUGGAGCAGUGAGUCGUGGUCAAGUCUGAAGCUGUGUUGCAAGGCAAAAGAAGACUUUCAUGUCAGAGGAUAAGGAACAAUGUUAGCCAUAGUAGUUCUAGAGGAAAGAUCUGGCUCUGAUUAUAAGGAAGUGAAUUACCUGCCUUACACCUGUAGGCAAAGUUGGAUGGGAUAAACACACAUAUCCAGAGAGAAUUUGUAAUCUUAAAUCUUUGCGGAGGUUUUAGGACAUUCAAAUGCUGAUGGAAGAAUAUCCUUAGCAAUUGGAUGUGAAAUGAGCUGUCAUAGGAGGAAGCCGUCUCUGGAUUCAUAUAUUGAUUUCUGCUGUGUGGUGAUACUUGUCUUUUUUACAAGGUGCUGGGUAAGAAUGUAUUUAAUUCUGGCGGGGCGCAUCCAGUCCCAAGUCUGCCUUGCCAUAUCUGUGCUAUGGCACCUGAUCCCACCUACCCACCUAAUCUGAGCAGUUGCUAAUUGUAAUAGAAAAAAACAAAAGAAAAGAAAUAUUGCUGUCUUAAAAAAUGUCAUUUCUUGUCUGCAAUGUGAUGCUGAAAUGAACUAAAAUACAGGGUCCAUGAUUUUUAUAUACCACCUUUCCCCCUCUCCUGAGCCUUUUGUUCAAAUCCUGUCUGUGGUUCUUUCGCUGUGCUCCUGAUCCCAGUAUGCAAAGUGUUUGGGUUUUAUAUUUGUGCAAGUCACACUGCAGUCUGAAAGUGGGUGUGGGGAGGGGUGGCUUAAUGGUGCUGAAGGCUUUCAGUGACAGUUUAGUGCUCCUUAGAUUUCUCGUCACCAGCAGCAGCCUCAGGGGCAAAUGUUUGGGCCACCUGAAGAGCCUCCUGAGUGCUGCUUGCUCUGGCAGCGAGGUAGGUGUUGCAGAAUUCCUCUGAAGCUCAGGAGCAGCUUCAGCAUGCCCUGAAAGCUUGGCUUCUCUGCCCAGGACCCUUGCAGUAGCAGUGUCCCCUACCUGUGUACUUGCCAGCUCGUCAGUGCCUGCAUCUGCUCGCUGCUGGCUGAGGCAGUGCAUCCAAUAACCAUGCUCUGUUUUCAGAACGUGGUUGCAAGUGAAUGUGUUAGUCACCACAGUAUUUGACCCAGGCAGAAGGUUUAGCUUUCAGCUGACUGGCAGCUGAUAAAUCACUGGGAUCAGAUUGCUUAAGGUAUCUUGAACCUGUUGUCUGUGCCACACUCAACUUCUGGUUUUCUAUAUAUAUAUAAUUUUAAUGUGGGAUCUAAAUUUUUGCUAAACAGAGUAACACACAAAAUGUAUAGUAAAGCUUCCUAGCUAUUAAGACUGAAUAUCAUAUCUGGAGGGAUGUUUCUCUCCUUGUCUUUUCUGUAGUUGCUGUGGAAGGAUCGUUUAAUAGAGCUCACAGAUUUGUUAUAUUACUUUGACAGAAAUUUGACAAAGUGCAGAAGAUAAUUAGGAUGUUUUAACCUAGGGCUGCAGCACCGGCUGUUGUACAACAGAAUGAUUCCCUCUAACACUGACAAGAAGUUGUGGACAUCUUCCUGAGGCAGUACUUGACAGUCACUUUUAUGGUGGUGGAGUAGUGCAAAGUAUUGUCUUGGCAAGAAAAGGUGUAUUAAAAAAUGGAUGGUUAAUGUAUCAAGCAUGACAAGUAAAAAGGUUUUUGGAGUCCCUUACAUUUUUCAGGGUGUUUUGUUCAGCCAGCUAAAAGUCUUUUGCUUACAGACUCAAACUUUUCUAAUCAGCAGUUUAAAUCUAGGGACUUUGUGUGGGAAGUAAAAAUAUAAUUUAUUAAAUUGUUUGCCUUCAGUUUUGAACCAUUUAAAUGUUUAUAGAAGUAAGAUUAAAGGGAGGCACUGCCUUAUACAGUCCUCUACUGUUGAUACAUUUAAUAAAUGUGAGAUGAUUUCUUUUUAAUGCAAACAGUAAGUUUCUAUACUCUUACUACCUGUGGAUUGAAAUAUGCUUUUGAAUACUUUAUAUGUAACUGAAAUGUUUGCAACUUGCUAAGCCCCAUAAUGAGUCUUACAUUGCCCCAUAUCUAUACAGGUAUCUACAAAUGGAAGAACUGACUCAAAUAGAAAUUGUGUUUUGUUCCUACUGAUCUGGGCCAAGUAGAACAGAAAAGCUCUGUCACUUGAUGUUAUUUGUAUAUUUUAAUAGUGAAUUCCUCUGUGUUUUGGCUUUGUUUUAUAAACUGUUGUGUUCUAGAAAAAAGUUACUUUUAGGUAAUCUGUCUUUAAUUUUGACUUUUUUCCUCUCAGUUCCUGUUACUUUAGUAUAGCCAAAUUUAAGCAGAGAUGGAAACAGGAUGGACUGCACAUAUUAGAAACUCUGAUUUUAACCAACAGCUAUGUAUAAAAUCUGCAUGGUCUCAUUAACUCUGCUACCCAAGUCUGGAAUCCUAUCUGAAUAAGAAGAGAGAUGCUUUGCUUCUUGAGGCAGUCAGCAUUGCAAGCUCCAAGUUCUGUGGACGUUUUGAGAUUAGAGAUGCUUUUGCAAACCUUGCCAAAGUUUCAGGGGAGGAAAGUGAAGGUAUUAAAUUUUCAUUAUGCUUUUAUCUUUCAUGGCAGGACAGUGGGGCACUAGGGAAGUAGCUUCGUUGCUGAACAGAUCAUUUUCCCUUUCAAUCUGCUGCCACCCUGAUCCUGCCUAAUUUGCUUCUGACAGGAAAAAUAGUGUAUUAAUAUGAUUACCCUUGGAACUAAGAGUGAAUGGAGGUAGUUCUGUGCCAUUAACACCUUUGCUGGUAGAACUGUGACUUGUGAUCUGUAGCAACGACAACUAAUUGUCAUUACUGCAUAAGUUUUAGAUCAAUAUUUGCUUACCUUUAGAUUGAAAUAGCUGGAAUGGAUGGAGGAUAGAUGAUUGAAGUAGCUGAAAUGGAUGGAGGAUGUCUGGUUUGGAAAGCUGAGGAGUGGGAGGGAAAGCUUUAGGAGUGUUUCACAGGUUAGAGAUAAGUAGCACUGAGUGUUUGUCCUUGUGACUUUUAUCCCCACUAUAAGAACAAAACUGUAAAGAGGGGAGCUGGUGGUAAACAGCUUUGAUUGCUGGGACUGAUGCUGCAUAUAUAUAAGCUCUGGGCAAGGGUUUGUUGCAGCUAAUAUUUACACAGGGUUUUGCACAAGGCCUUUAGCAUCUUGCUGGUGUGCUGGUACCUCAUCACCGAAGAGAAGAAAACAAUCUCCCGCUGCUCAAGCCUUUGGAAAAUGUCUAAUUAUUUUCUGCUGAGGAAAUUUUGCCCAAGCCUACCUGUGUGUGUGUGUGUGUCUGGGAGAGGAAGUGUGUUCUGGCUUGUAAGGCACGUUCAACACCCGUUUUCUGCAGACCAGGCUUCUUGGAAAAUGUAACAACUGAAUUUUCUGAAAGUCACACUUUGCUUUAGAAAAUACUGGACAGUUCUUGUGGGUGUUGUCAGUUUGAGUGUUUAAAUCAAACUAAGAGUCUUGAAGAGGAGAAAGUAGGUCUUUAUGUAUUUGAAGGGAUGGACUUCAGAAUAGGCAUACCAUGCUUUUUAAAUAAAUCAACAUUUGUGCUUUUAUGUUGCGUGCUCUCUAGUGACUGGAAGUACUUCCAAGCCAGGCUGAUGACCAACUGACCCGAGCCAAUUUUUACUGAGGUUUCUGAAGCAUUGCACAAGAGGAUUGAAGCAAAAAAAAUUGGGGGCAUGUGACACUUAAUCUCUUUAGCAGUAAGAAUAAAGUUUAAGUAUUCUGUUGGAAAUGUAUGCAGUUCUGUGCUGCUCUUUGUUUCAGUUAAGCUUUUCUCCUGCAUAGAUUGGGAGUGUAAACUUCUUUGCACUUAAGUCCAAUUAAAUCAUUCUUGGAGGCUGUCGGGAGGGGGGGGGGGGGGAAGCCUCUUUUUUUAAUUGUUCAGUGAGUCUGUUGGAUAAUGAAAGAAUUUGCCUGACAGGGCUUGGUAGCAUUCCGUCGUCUUGAUGAAUGAUUGCAGAGGACAGUCACUUGUCCAAAAUGCCUUGGAAUGAUUCAUCCGGUUCCUCACAAAGUGACAGUGAAGCUUAUUCAGCCUUUACACAGACUGAGCACAACAUAGUUGCAGCUUACUUAAUAACAGCAGGAGUGAUAAGCAUUUUCAGUAACAUUGCUGUGCUAGGGAUCUUUGUUAAGUACAAAGAACUUCGGACAGCAACCAAUGCAAUUAUUAUCAACUUGGCUUUUACUGACAUUGGUGUCAGUGGCAUUGGCUACCCCAUGUCAGCUGCCUCAGACCUUCAUGGAAGCUGGAAAUUUGGAUAUACUGGAUGCCAGAUCUAUGCUGCCUUAAAUAUCUUUUUUGGGAUGGCGAGUAUUGGUUUGCUCACUGUUGUUGCAGUUGACCGUUACCUGACAAUCUGCAGGCCUGAUAUAGGAAGAAGAAUGACUACCCGUACCUAUGCCACCCUGAUCCUUGCUGCUUGGAUAAAUGCCGUCUUUUGGGCUUCCGUGCCUACCGUAGGCUGGGCUGGCUAUGCUCCGGAUCCAACUGGAGCAAUAUGCACAGUAAAUUGGAGGAAAAAUGAUGCGUCCUUUGUUUCCUACACAAUGAGUGUAAUUGCUGUUAAUUUUGUUGUGCCCUUAACAGUCAUGUUUUACUGUUAUUACAAUGUUUCCCGGACAAUGAAAAAAUACACCAGCAGUAACUGCCUCGAGAGCAUCAACACGGAUUGGUCUGACCAAGUAGAUGUAACAAAGAUGUCUGUUGUGAUGAUUGUAAUGUUCUUGGUGGCAUGGUCUCCCUAUUCCAUUGUGUGUUUAUGGUCUUCCUUUGGAGACCCGAAGAAAAUUUCUCCUGCAAUGGCCAUCGUAGCUCCUCUGUUUGCAAAAUCUUCCACGUUCUACAAUCCAUGCAUUUAUGUCAUUGCAAACAAGAAGUUUCGGAGGGCAAUCCUGGCAAUGGUGCGGUGUCAAACAAGACAAGAGAUAACUAUAAACAAUGCCUUGCCCAUGAGUGUAUCGCAAAGUGCACUGACAUCGUAAAACUCAUUUCAUUUGUCUGCAUAGAUUAUGUGGAAUGGAGUCAAAUCUGGGUUAUAAUUAAUCUUUUAGAACAUCAGUUUGCCUCUUUCAUCCAUUGGUUUUCUGUUAAUCAAAUUUUAAAGUGUUUUUUAGAUAGGUUAAUAAUAAUAAAAACAACAAAGCACUAAGACUUUUAGUUUUCAAGAAUUAGGCUUAUUGGCCUGAUAUUUCUGGCCAAAAAAAAAAAAAGCCAGUGAAGUGUUCAGUGUGACUCAGAGGGUUGGAUAAGGUGACAAUGGGCAGAGAAAAACUGAAGCAGGAAGUGCUUAGGUUCAGUAGAAUAGAUUUUGGACCUCUAGUACCUCUUGUAAAUUACUUUCUCUCAGCUUCCCUUGAAAGUUUCCAGAUUUGAAUUGCUGUGGAUUCUCCAUACUUGUAUUUAUUUCUAUACCAACUAUCUGUAUUAACAAGCCUUGCAAAGUUUUGUUUCUGUGAACAUGUUAAGUUUAUCAGAAUAUCUAGCUAAACUCUAUAGGACCUGAUGUCAGCUUUCAGGAUUUUGAAAGAGUUUAAUGACAUUUCAUGUAUUUUUGAAAUUUUGUCUCAGAGAAUCAAAUGAAUCUGCGGGAAUUGAAAAUGGAAAAUGAAUUUGUAGUGCUUGUGACUGCAUAGCAAAUCCUGAAAAUGAGACAAAAUGCACCCUUAAGCUUGAUACUCAGAUGGAACAUAAAACUGAGUAAAUCUGUAUGGUGAUUUCUAAAAUUUCUAAGUUAAUUUCAUGAUUAUAUAGGUCUGUUGUAUACUUUUCAAAAAAUUACUUGCACAGUGAGAGCAAUGAGUUUAUUCAGGAUGACUGUGUAUAGAAUUAUUUCUGGAUGGGUAUUACAUGCAUUCUUGAUGAUUCUCAGGUUUUGAGAAUAAAUAUCUUCUCAGUGGCCAAUCCGAAGUCUGUGAUCCUUCAGACAAGUCUCAGCCACUGUGACUUUACACAGCUAAAAUUAGUUUCCCGGGUUCUUGUUCUUGUAAGAGCUCUAAUGUCUGUCUGAUGGAGUGUCAUGUUAAGUGAUACAGUCAUUUUGGAAAGCUAAAUAUUCAAUUAAUUAAUUUGCAUCAAAUAUAGAAAAAGAAAAUCCAAUGACAUUAUUUUUUUGCGGUCUCCAAAAAUUGUGGGAAAAUGAAACUUUUUAGAAAGUGUAUUUUAAACCUGACCAACCUGAGAUUUAACUUCACAGGACUUUUGAGUACAAUUUGCACUAACAGGUGAUUCAUUUCUAUCACUUUAUUUUGUUGUUAUUAUAAUGCAUACACCUUAAGUGUGGCUUUGAAGUGUGCAACCGUUACUUAAAAUACAUGCGUGUUAUUGUUAAAACCCAUCUCUACAAGAUCUUUUGGAAGUUCUAGAAUCUAAGCUUCCUUUUAAUUUGUACUUUUUAGUAUUAAAGUAAAUGUCAUGAGAUAGCUUCUUGCUGUACUAGCUUUCUUUCUGGAACCUUGUAACACCAUAUGGACAGUAACUCCUUCAGAAGGAGAAAAGAAGUAAUUUAUGUACUAUCCCUUCAACCACAACUGCAUAUUAACAUAGCCUUGAAACAUGUCAUAUAUAAUUUGAAACAGAGUGCCUUCUUCUGACAUGGUAACGAACAAGCAGGUUUAACUGAUCCCUUUCAGGAUACAUUUGAAGGUUAAUCAACUUCAGAUCUCAGCUAAUCUGGUGUAAUCUUCUGUUACUAAAUGGAUGUCUACAUUCACAUUUCUAGCACACUGCACAUGAGUGCAUAGGAAUAAAGCUUUCAAUUUUU